AAAGUAUUUAAACUCAAGUUUGAAUAUGAAUGAGGCUUUCUCAGAAGAAGGUUGGAUUUGGAUAAAUAAAUUUCAUAAUAUACUUCCCACAAACUACCAAGAAUUUGAAGAAAAAAAGGAAAAAUUUGAGAGAAAAUACUUCCUUCCAGAAGAAGGAAAACUUAAUUCAGAAAAUAGAACGAAAUUUUUAUUUGAUGCGGUUACACCCGAUAGACAUCAUCAAAGAAUUAUAAAGGAAUCCAUUGGAAUAAAAGAAAUACGUAAAGAAGUUCCUCAAUGGUCAUACAAAUUGAUUACCAGUUUGGAUCAACAAGAUGGAACAAUUUUAGAAGAAACGGCUGAGGAUCAUGAAAUUAGGUCAAGAAAGGCCAACCAUGUAGUCAUUUUUACAGAUACCGAACGUACAAAUAGUACAACGAAUAUUAAUGAUGAAGUAGAAGAAGUGUUUGUCCUACGUUAUGCGCAAGAAUCGGAUUUUCGUCGAGAUAUAAUCAAAGGUUCUAUGCGCGCUCAAAGACGUAAAACAGGUAUUUGGGAACCGUUUCAAACAAAUAUCCAUUCCCCCCUUUUUUUGGACAGAAUCUACAAAAAGUUUUUUUUUUCUGCUGAUACCUCCCGAAUUUGGAAUCUUCUUUUUAAGAAUUGGAUGAUAAAAAGUACGGAAUUAAAAAAUUCCAGUUUUGAGGAAGAGACAAAAGAAAAGGAUAAAAAAAGGAAGAAGAAAGGGGAGGAAAAUGACCGGCUAGCAGUAGCGGAAAGCUGGGAUACUGUUCUAUUUGGUCAAUCAAUAAGGGGUUGCUUGUUAAUAGCCCACUCGAUUUUUAGAAAAUAUAUUGGAUUGCCUUCAUUGAUAAUAGCUAAAAACGUCAGCCGUAUCUUAUGAUUUCAACCCCCGGAAUGGAAUGAGGAUUGGAGAGAGUGGGGUAGAGAAAUGCAUGUUAAAUGCACCUAUAAUGGUGUUCAAUUAUCCGAAAUGGAAUUUCCAAAAAAUUGGUUAACAGAGGGUAUUCAGAUAAAGAUCCUAUAUCCUUUCUAUCCGAAACCUUGGAACAGUUCUAAGAAACGAUCUCAUCAUAAAAAUCCAAGGGGAAUAAAGGAAAAUUCUUGCUUUUUGACAGUCUGGGGGAUGGAAACUGAAUUUCCUUUUGGUUCUCCUCGAAGACGACCUUCUUUUUUAAAACCCAUUUUUAAAGACCUAGAAAAAAGAAUAACAAAAAAAAAAACACAAAGUUUUCUAGGUCUAAGAGUUUUAAAAGAAAAAACAAAAAGGUUUCUAAAGGACUCAAAAGAAAAAGAAAGCUGGACUCAUAAAAAGGAUUUUUUUCAAAAAAAAAGAAUAAAAGAGCUUGGCAAAGUAAAUCCAAUUCUAUUAGUUGGAUUGAGAAAAGUAUAUGAAUCGAGUGAAAAUAAAAAAAUUUCUCUCAAAGAAAAUCAGAUAGUUCAUGAAUCGUCAAGUCGAAUUAGAUCAAUGUCUUGGACAAAUUAUUCACUAACAGAAAAAAAAACAGAAGAUCUGGCUGAUAGGACAAGUACAAUUAAGAAUCAAAUUGAAAAAAUAAUAAAUGACAAGAAAAAAACGUUUCUAAUUCCAGAUAGAAAUAUUAAUCCUAACGAUACAAGUUGUAACGAUAAAAGAUUAGAAGCGCCAAAAAGCUUUUUGCGGAUAUUCCAAAGAAGAAGUGCUAGAUUAAUACGUAAACGACACUCUUUUUUAAACUUUUUGAUUGAAAAGAAAUAUAUGGACACCCUUCUAUAUCUCAUUAAUAUUCCCAGGAUCAAUGCACAAUUUUCCCUAGACUUAAAAAAAGGAGAGAUUGAUAAAAAAAGUUAAAAUGCUGAAAUAAAGAAAGAAGAAGUUGAAGAAAAAAAAAAAAAAAAAAUUCAUGUAAUUUCGACUAAAAAGAGGGAACUUUCAAAUAUUAGUAAUAAGAAUUUACAUUAUUUUUGUGC